AUGGGUCAAGGAGCUUCUUCUCAUGGGCAGAAGAAAAAGGAUAAGAAACAAAAGCCAAAAUAUGAGCCACCAGUAGAAUCAAAAUUCGGUAGAAAGAAGAGAAAGGGGCCCUCUACGGUGGAGAAACUUCCUAGCGUUUAUCCAAGCACAAGAUGUAAGUUAAAACUUUUGAGAAUGGAACGUAUAAAAGAUCAUUUGCUAUUGGAAGAAGAGUAUGUGACAAACUCUGAGAUCUUGAAACCAUUUGAGAAGAAACAAGAGGAAGAAAAGAAGCAGCUAGACGAUAUCAGAGGUACUCCGUUAUCUAUUGGUACUUUAGAAGAAAUUGUGGACGAUGACCAUGCUAUAGUGACAAGCCCUACGACACCAGACUACUACGUUUCCAUUUUGUCCUUUGUUGACAAAGAGCUAUUAGAACCCGGCUGUUCUGUGUUAUUACACCAUAAGACCAUGUCAGUUGUUGGUGUCUUGCAAGACGAUGCCGAUCCAAUGGUUUCUGUGAUGAAGAUGGAUAAAUCACCAACAGAAAACUACAGUGAUAUCGGUGGAUUAGAGGCACAAAUUCAAGAGAUUAAAGAAGCAGUCGAGUUGCCACUAACGCAUCCUGAACUAUACGAAGAAAUGGGUAUCAAACCACCAAAGGGUGUCAUAUUGUAUGGUGCUCCAGGUACAGGUAAGACGUUAUUGGCAAAGGCUGUGGCGAACCAGACUUCUGCUACAUUUUUAAGAAUUGUGGGAUCCGAAUUGAUUCAGAAAUAUCUAGGUGACGGUCCAAGACUCUGUAGACAAAUUUUCAAAGUCGCUGCAGAGAAUGCGCCAAGUAUAGUCUUUAUCGAUGAAAUCGAUGCUAUUGGUACCAAGAGAUAUGAAUCAAACAGUGGCGGUGAGAAAGAGAUUCAAAGAACUAUGUUGGAACUUUUAAACCAAUUGGACGGGUUUGAUGAUAGAGGUGAUGUGAAAGUCAUCAUGGCUACAAACAAAAUCGAAAGUUUAGAUCCAGCUUUGAUCAGACCCGGAAGAAUCGACCGUAAGAUUUUGUUCGAAAACCCCGAUAUAACAACAAAGAGAAAAAUCGUCGGUAUUCAUACAUCUAAGAUGAACUUAGCAGAGGACGUAGACCUAGAUAAUUUGGUCACUUCAAAAGAUGACCUAUCAGGUGCAGACAUCAAAGCAAUGUGUACAGAAGCGGGGCUUUUGGCUCUAAGAGAAAGAAGAAUGCAAGUCACAGCACAAGAUUUCAAGGAAGCAAAAGAACGUGUACUCAAAAAUAAGGUUGAAGAAAACUUGGAAGGUUUGUACUUAUAA